GGCCGGCGGGUAGGAGGGCGAGGCCACCCCCACAGGGUCAGCAGUGGUACGCUCCGCCGGCCGCGCUGGUUUCCCGCCUCGGGCUGGGCGCGUGGCUGUUUUCUCAGCGGGCCGUGUGGUGUGGCGGGUUGACGUGUCAGCCGUACCGGGAGCGCUCUCGUCCUGCACCGUCUGCGGGUUAUGCCCACGCACUGCGGAGUACGAGGCAGUGCUUUGCGUGUCCCGUGCACCGUGAGAGUUUUUUGUUACUUGUAAAAAGGCAGUUCACACAUUACCACAUAGAAGUGAUGGUUUUGUAGAGAAUACAUGGUUUGUCUGGUACUGGAACUUCUGUUUCAUGGAGCCUGAUAUUCAGUGAUAGCUUCAAUAUUUUUAGAAGCAUUCGUAUUUUGUCUUUGAGACCCAUCUUGCAAAGUGAUCACUGGAUUGUAUGGCCCAGAAAUAAAUGAGUCACAGCAGUGGAGAAACUAUGAAGAAAAUCAGUGUAGUGAACCUUGAUAAACUUUUAGGUAACUUCUCAGAGAUAGAAAAGGUAAUAUCAGAAAUUAAUGAAGCAAAUAAGCUACUGGUUCUUCAGCUGGAAAAAAGUAACAGGUUGUUAACAUUGAGCCAAUUAAAGGAGGAAGCAGUAAAAGAAGAAUGUACUACUCUACAGAAGGUGAUACAGGGUCUAACACAAGUGAUUGAAAACCAGUGUAACGUGAAAGAUGAAAAUUGUAGACUGAAGAGUACCAUUCACAUCUUGGAAGAGAAAAUAAAGGCUUGUGAACAGGAAUAUAAAGAUCAGAUUGAGAAACUUAUGAUCAAAAUUAAAAACAAAGAUGAAGACCACAGAUUAGAAAUUGCACAGUUGCAUUUCAAUAUAAGAAAAAAAUUUGAAAUAAAAGAGGCAGAGUAUAGAGAACAGAGAGAGAAAAAAGAACUGGAAAUAUUAGAGCUAACUAGACAACUGAAAAUUCAAAAUGAAGAGAAGCAGAAUGAAAUCAUUAAACUGCAGAUAGAGUUCAAUGCUAAAUUAGCAAGAGUUCAGCAAACAACAGCAAGAUCAUUUUCACAUACUUCUGUCUUGCCACAAAGCAUCUAUCGGAGGAAGAUGCAGCAUUUCCAGGAGGAGAAAAACAAGGAAAUUGAAAGCCUCCGAAACACCAUAAGAGACCUAGAGCAACAUUUGCUUAAUAACCAAGACCUGUCCCUCAAACGGAAGCGAUUUUGAUUAAAUGACAUGAAGUAUUUCAGUAGUACAUACAAUGAGAAACACAAGCAGUGUAUUUCAAACUGAGCACCUGAAAGUAAAAACAAGAUAUGAAGAAAUACAGAGUAUUUUUUUUAUUGAAAAUGCUUGUCAAAUAUUCCAACAGCAUGCGUUUAGUGUAUAUGCAGAGCUACUUUCUUGCUAACCAGCAUUCACGAUGAAGAGAUUAAGGUUUCAUAGAGAUGAUGAUUUCCCUAUUAAACCAUCAUUAAUUAUGGUAUACACUUUCAAAGCAGUCUUUCCUGCUUGAAUAUUCUCUUCUUCAUCUAGGAAUCCUUUGAACAGCUAUACUUUUACUUCAACUCAGUUAAUCAAAGGUUAGGAAUUCUAAGCUACAGACCGAGAAGUUAUACAAGUCUAAGUGGUAUAUUACCUUACUAAUCAAUACAGAUUUAUCAAAUUCAGCACUGUUAUAAACAAAGUUACACAUUAAACCAAGAUUAAAUUUGUUCUCCCCCUCCCUCUGUUUGAUACUGAUUCUGCAUGAAGAGUUGUUAACAUAGGUUCUCACUUUAUGCACAAUGUUACUGAUUUAGUACGAUUUUACAAGUUGUAGUUGUAUGUAUUAAUGGACCCUGAUACUGUAUCUAAGGCACAAAAGUUAAGCAUGCAUAUCUGUUACUUUCAAAUAACAAAAUUACUUUUUGUAUCUUACGUUUGAGAUAAAAAGUUGUUUUGGUACCUUGCUUAGGAAUAAGCUUUUCUUGUACCUAAUUUGUAUCCCUAGGUUAGGAAAAAAAAAAACCAAAA